CUGUUCUGCCGCCCCAAGCCUCCGCCCUUUUCCCACCCGCCCCGCGUACAAAGCCGCCCAUCCCGCGGUGCUGUCCUCACCGCCAGCGUCCCAGCUCGCCUAGCAUCUGCCGAGCCUCCAGGCCAAGGUUUCAACAGACCUCGCCAACAUGCCAUCUCAAAUGGAACAUGCCAUGGAAACCAUAAUGUUUACAUUUCACAAAUAUGCAGGAGAUAAAGGCUACUUAAUAAAGGAGGACCUGAGGAUCCUCAUGGAUAAGGAGUUCCCUGGAUUUUUGGAAAAUCAAAAAGACCCUCUGGCUGUGGACAAAAUAAUGAAAGACCUGGAUCAGUGCCGAGAUGGCAAAGUGGGCUUCCAGAGCUUCUUUUCACUAAUUGCAGGCCUCACCAUUGCAUGCAAUGACUAUUUUGUAGUACAUAUGAAACAGAAGGGAAAGAAGUAAGCAGAUUCCCAUAAUUACUCCUGCCCUAAUAAGAGUUCUCCCAGAGGGUCACUUAAGGGAUCUGCCCCACAGCUUCUCCUUGUAUCAAGAUUUCACAAACAGCCCAGGACCCUUAGGAAAUAUGCAGAUAAUAUCCAACUCCCAUUUGGCAAGCUGAGAAAGAAAAGUUAAUUAAGUGCCACAUAAGAUUUUGAUUUUUUUUAUAUUGUUUGCACCCUUUUGCCCUCAAUAAAUAAAAUCCUUUUUUAUU